CACAGUUCCGCUUAUUUCAUCUAGUAAUGGUUACUCCCUUGCUGCGAUCUCUCUUUUUUUUAAUUCUACACUCAAUCACCUGCCUUCCCAUGCAACCCCUUCCACAAAACAAACAAACAAAAACACACAACAAAAAAGCCAAGGUUCGUGUGACACACACAGCGCGGUCGCUCGCCUAGAGCGUCAUCAAAUUCUCGUCACAAGGAUGGCGUGGCCACUCACGUGAAAAACCGUUGACUAGGAAGUCACGUGCUUUCCCUCCUCUCCCCCAACCUACCUCCUCCCCAUCCCUUCAAACUCCAACACACACACACACAACCGCUCUUCGCGCUCCUGACUGUCUGGCGAGGGAUGCUGGCAUGAGUUUCAGGUAUCUGGACAUGAAGAAGUGAUUGACUCCCUGCUUCGCGGAGCAACUGCCUCUGGAACUGAUGUUGAUGCGCAUGACUUCCUAGAAGAUGGGUCUAGUUCCUCUUUCUCUCCCUCGUCGUCGCCUUGUAAGAUAAUUUUUACGUGUCAUCACCUGUUAAUUUAACCACGACCAAAAAAAAAAAAAAAACUGAACGAUCAAAUACCACCGACUCAAUGUCCUCCCCCUCCAUUAGUCAUUGUUGCUAUCGUAACCAAUUGUUAUUUUUCCAGACGUAUUUAUCAAUAAUUUAGGAUUGGUGCUGUAGGUAGGCAGGUUGUACUUUGAUGUUUGCUAUGGCUUUACCAGCAUGUGACUUUUUAUUCGGAGAAAUUUGUCCUGUUGGUGUCCAGACCCAGCUAUCAACGACUGUGGUCCUGCUGCUGAUGAACGAGCAACAAGGAUAAAGACUGAUAAAGGAUUAAUAUCACAAUGGAGUGAGGCUUCCUUCCUGAUCAAAGCUUUCGUCUUCAGUCGCGUGUCGUGUCUGUGCAGCAGGCGCGCGAAGACUACAGCAGGAAGUGACCCCUAGCUGGCGACGAGGUCAACAAAGGUUGCGGUCAGUGGUUUAAUACCAUCUUACAUCACCGCUGCUCUUCGGUGACGGAGGUAGCAACUUUUCUCCGACUUGAAAGCCAUCAGAUGUUUCUCGCCGAGAAGGGGAGGCUGGCUUCCUCUGGGGAACUCAAACAGGAUUACUGUUAGAGUGAAUUCUGAUUGUGACGUGGAAUUAGCUGGAGAUGCUCAUGUCACAGCAGGAAUAACACAAAACAUUUUCAGUUGGCGCUUUGUCACUUCUGAACCUGCUACUCUCCAAAUGGAAAAACUAUAAAAGCUCGCCAUUGUGUGUGUGUGGCUCUGCUGCUCUGCGCGGUCACCGGCAUCACUCCGCGGUGUGGUGAGGACGGUUGUGAAUGUGAGACGACUGUCACAGAGAGAUUCAUGCAUAACAACAACAAACAAUAAUUGAUACACAAGUUUCCACACGUCUGUGUGUAGCCAUGAGGCGACGGUCGUGGUACUGGUCGCGAGUGUGGGUUGCAGUUGUCGUGGUGGUGUUUGUGGUGUUGCUGAACAAAUCGCUCAGGAGCGACGAUAUCGAUGAAGUCGUAGACAGACGAAACAAGCUCCAUCCCGUCGAGAUGAAGGUAAGAAAGCCGCGAGAUUGCGCGAUAACCUCUUGGGCAGAGGUCAAGGAAGCUCAUCAAUAUCCAGACGACAAGGACGUUUCUAUGGAGAAGGAUGUCGUUAGUAGACGGGAACACAUUCAGAACAUGUGUCGUACGCAUGUGCACACAGGAGGGAGAGUGUCCGACCCUUACAUCCAUGUACCCAGCAAUUUAAGCAUGUGCCUCGUACCAAAGGUAGGCUGCACCUUUUGGAAGCGAGUCUUUUUCCACCUGUACGGCGAUAGUGGCAAGACCCCCGGACAGGUCUCCACGCCCCUGGACAUCGACCGCCUGUACGUCCACUUCGGAGGCAACCGCACCCCCAAGACUGUCUCGCUCAAUACACAGCCUGGCCGUGACGUCAUCUUCAACAGCACCAGGGUCAUGUUUGCACGUGACCCUUGGAGUCGACUUUGGAGCGCGUAUGUGGACAAGUUUAUUCUUCCGGACUCGUGGCUGGACCACGGGCAAAACAUCGUCCAGCUCCGCCCUAAACUCGGUGUUAGCGGUGAUGAAGGACCGAACAGCAACCACACACGGGAUGCCAAGCAGAUGUUUCAGAGGUUCGUCUGCGCUGACGACAUCACGUUCAGUGAGUUUUUGAAUUACGCCUUUCAAGUCAGCAUCGACCCCCACUGGAGCCCGAUCCACGAGCUGUGUGACCCUUGCAUCUUCCGACCCCACGUCGUGGGCAAGAUGGAGACCUUCGCGCGUGAUGCGCGGUACGUCCUCGUCACUUCCGGUCUGGGUCAUUUGCUGCAGGGUCUCGACCAUGCCAGCCACGUGCAGGACGAGCUGCAGCUGCUGACGCGCUACCACUUCCGGAUGCUCGAGCAGCGCCCCCUGCUGCGUGCUUGCCUCGAUGACGUCAGCCUUGCGCGCCGCUUGUGGCGGGCGUUCCAGCUUAACGGUUACAUCGCUCCUGGCCGGGGAUUCCCCGCUGAGCUUCUGACGCGCGAACUGCAGGGGGCGACACCUUCGCAGUCGGCGGCCCUCGUCACGUCCCUCGUGACCGCCGCAGCCACAGACAGCGCAUUCGGACAUGCGCAGUGGGCUGCCGUUCGUCACCGUCACAUGGUGGCGGCGUACCGGGCGGUAUCGAAGGACCUCCUUGCUGCCAUGCAGGAAAGGUUCGCUUUGGACUUCGAUCUUUUUCAGUACGACCGCGAACCGGCGGACAUCUUUACUGUGUUGCCAUGACAUCGUCAACAGGGAGAGACAUUGAGAUAAACAAAUGACAAGACUGCUUUCUCUUCUGUUUAACGUCUGUAAAAAGAUUUUGUUUUGUCUGCGUUUCAAUGACUAGUUUAAGGCCACACCAGCAAAUCAUUUCCUUCGUAAUCAACACAUCUAAAACAUUCCACUGUACAAAAAUUGUAAAAAAUAAUUACUCCUAUUAAGAAUUAUAUUCACACAUUUAUAUUGUCAUGGCUACAGCCAAUGGGAGAGGUGGACGCAUGUGUCAAUCAUAUGAAUGUGUGGACGUUUGCAAUGUCUCGGUGAGGUGGAGUAGAAAGAUUUGUGUCUUUGAAAUGGAAGACAAGUUUACUCAGUAUUCAGAUUUUGGGAAAUAAUAUUUUGAACCAUGCUGAGCUUAGUGAUUUGAAAAAGAAAAAGUUCUCACGUUAGAGACAUUUUACGGUACUGCUAGACAUUUCGCCAUUUCAGAAAGAAUUUUAACAGGCUUUCAAUUAAAACUUUACCCUAUACUGUAUUUCAUUAUAAAAUAUAUGAAGAUUUCGCGUCUUUUACCUCCUUUAUCGUUAUUAUUUUAAAAAAUUAAACUAUAUUGUAUCUUUUACAGGACUGAAUUGAUUUUAAUUUUCAAACUCUUUUCAGAAACUUAAUUAUGAUGCUAAAAAUUGUUUGAAGCAAGAAGUUCUGUGAAAUUUUAUCGUGUUGGUUAUGUUUAAACACAAUAAAAUUAAAAGCAAAUGUGACACCUGCUAAUCAUCCCUAAUCAGACUCCGAACUAAACUAAAUGAAGCAUGAAGUGUGUUUAGAAAGUCGUGGUUUCACUGAGUUAAAAUGAAUAGUUAUAUAACACAAGGAGUAAUGUUGUCACAACAGGCAGAAUAUGAUGCAGUUAUGAUGUACAUUUGUGAUUGAAAAUGUCUCAAUAUCUCAGCUCAAAGGCAGGGACCAUUCAUGGAAGAUGUGGUCUACAGGUGGGAGCGAUUUGGAGUAGGUAUACACCGAUAAAAACAUAGACAUACACACACCGCAACAAAAGGCGGCAAAAAACACCAAAGUCUACGUUAAUAAAUAAAUAAAACAAACCAAAAAAAAAAUACUUAUUGGUAUUAAGCUAUUUACCUCAAGGGACAUCACUCUCAUCGGUUGGGCAAGGCUCUCGUCAGUUGUAUCCACUAGUGGUAUGUAAAAAAAAUAUGUCUAAAGCUGUAUCUCCUCCUGAUGUUACCAUUGUUAUCAUGUACAUGCAUGACAAAAAUAAAUAAAUAAAAUAAAGAGCUCGUAGAAGUGCAAACCAGAGGUCACCGUGUCUUCAGGAGAGAGGCCAAACAUCGUUCGUUCUUUUUCUCGUUGUUUGCAUUAAACACAGCUGUCGCCUGUCAGGAUUCCCAGUGUCAUUUUACACCUAAUAAGGGUUGAAAGGAAAUGUAGUUUCGAACUUUCAAGAAAAGCAAAAUUCGUAAUUUUUCAGGGG